AUGGCCAAAGCUGGUGGCCUCCCGUCCUGUGGCUUCGCGGUCUUCGCGGACAAGGGGGGCCAGCCGCCUCUGCUCGUGGAGCGCCGGGCCAAAGGCAAGCGGGUGACGGUCAUCAGCGGUGUGAGGGGCAAUGCCAGGGCACUCUGCACCGCACUGACGACUCUGCUGGGCGUCGGUGGGACCGUGCACGCAAAGGGUGCACUGGCAGACGUGGAAGUGCAAGGGGAGCAGGUGGAGCGUGUGGCGCAGGCACUGACCCAGCUGGGCUGCCUGAGAGGUCCCACCGGCGCCAAAGCCCCGGCACCAGCCACCGUUGUGGAACGCAGCUGUGGCUACGAUGCCUUCCUCAAGGAGGAGGAGGAGGGGACGCGCAAAGAGCGGAAGGAGCGACAUCGCGCAGGACCGGCCCUGGAGCCUCCGGAGCCCCCGGAGGACGCUCCCUGCCGAGCCUGGCACGGGUACUGGAUCUACUGCUCCGGCCACUGCGAUCGCACACCCUCCUCCUUGGACGUGUGGGACCUGGACUCGCUGGACCCCUUCCUGGAGCACGAGAGGUUCGUUCCGGUCCGGGCUGCGCCAGGAGCGGCCGGGACGAAGAUCCUGAGCGGAUUGCAACGCCUUGGCAUGGCUGCCGAAGUGGGAGUGGCCGUCCUGUCGUACCGCGAGGAGCUUGCGCAAGAAGCGGCGCGUCGAGCCGCCCCGAAGGCUUCCUUCUGUGCGCAGACCGCGCCGGUGCAGCUCCGCGAGAGAGAUCCCCUGGUUUGUCCCACCUGUGGUGCCACAUUCACGAUGCGCCGGACGCUGCAGCUCCACCUCCGCCAGCACGAGCGUCCCGAGCCCGAGCCCUGGGCCGAACCCGGGCCGCUGCCCUCGGAGGACUGGAGGCGGGACUCCUACAUCGACAAGGCGCGCGAGGAGGUGGAUUUCUUCACUGCCCGAGCGCAGCCAGAAGAUUUGGGCAACGAGGACGACUGGGACUCUCCUGAAGCGGCCCAGUACGUCGUUUCAAACGGCCGCUCGUCGCGGUACACCCUAGCAAACUUGCUGGAUACGGCAGUGCCCAUCACAUCGCGUCGGCGGAAGAAGGUGCCCGCAGUCCAGGAGGUCUACGGAGACUGCCCCAUCUGCGGCCGCUCUUUUCCGCAGAGCGAGCUCGAAGAGCACGUGGAGCAGUGCCUCCGAACCGUGCCUAAAGAAGCUCCGCGAGUCGAGUCCGCGCCUUCUGGCGCCGGAAGCUCUGAAUUUUCCCAACUGCCGGCCGAGCUCCUGGAAAGCUUGCUGCAGCUGGAUCUCCCACCGGCUGCUGCGGAGUUUUUCUGGUGUAUCUACGAGCACCACGUGCAAAGCAAAAGCGUGCAGGAGGCCUUCUUGGCAGCCCUCGAAGAGGCCCUGGCCUGGGUUCCGGAAACAGGCGGAACCGCCGGCAGCAGCGACGAAGGCGAAGAGAUCUUGCAGCCCAACGCUUCCAUGUCUUGUAAGUUUGCGCGGCUGGCGGCCUGCCCCGUUUGUGCGGGCCAAUACCCCCUGGAGACGAUCCAGCAGCACGUGGAGGCGUCAUCGGGUUUGGGCUUAAGAACGGAGGGUGAAGGACCGAGGCUUGAUGCAUCGGGUGUCGAGGACUCUGCUCCCUCUACAGUGGCCUCGGGGCCGCCCGAGGUACCGCCGGAGGCCCAAAGGCCUAGGACACCGGAGCCCCCGGCCAUAACGCGGAAGGCGCCGGAACCGGAGGCGCCGAAGAAGGAGGCGCCCGGGAAAUAA